AACUCCUAAAAAUGUCAUUUCUACACUUGGCAAUUCUUGUUGGGAUCCUGUCUGCAGCUUGUGCUCAGAACCCUCUUUUCCCUUCCCCUCCUACCAAUCGGAAUCUUGCCCUUCGAGGUCGAGCAACCCAAUCAUCGACGUUCAGCGGCAUCACUAACGCCAUUAAUGCCAUUGAUGGGAAUAUUGACACCAACUUUUACCAUGGUUCGUGCUCAUGUACAAACCCUGACGUGUCCCCUUGGUGGAGGGUGGACCUACUGAGGCCACAUAAAAUUUCCCAAAUUGUCAUCACCAACAGAGGAGACUGCUGUGGAGAGAGACUGAAUGGAGCCGUCAUUCUGGUUGGAAACUCCUUACAAAACAAUGGAAACAACAAUCCAAGCUGUUCAGAAAUCACCUACAUACCGAACGGUGCCACUCAAUCCUUCCAGUGUAACGGCAUGGUUGGCCGAUAUGUGAACAUCGUCCUUCCUGGGAAGCAGACCUAUCUCCAGCUCUGUGAAGUCCAGGUCUUUGGAGUUCCAGUAGAUAACACUCCUUCCUGUUUUUAAUUCGACCUUCAGCUUUGAUGAGGAUAUGGUGGAGAAGAGCCAAGCAUUUUAUUUCUACAUUUAAAUGUAUUUUAUGCAGGCCAAUCAAAGCCGAUAUUUUAUAUUUGAGUAGAUGUUGGGAUGUUGGAUCAUCAACUAACUUGGAAUAUCCUUCUUAACGACAUUAUGACAGGGUUCAUACUUCCCUUUAAAGGCGUAAGACUACUUGUUAAAAAAAGGGCAGAUCCCAGAAGUGUAACAGAGACUAUAGCUGCUAGAAUCCUCAAAAGAUGUAUCAAGUCAUUGAGUGAUCCAACCGGCUAUCAUGUACCCAAAAGUGAAAUAUUACUUUGGUGAGCUGAUCUUCUAGGUUCAAAUAAACAAUUUUCAAGUUAAAAUAAAAUUCUUAGAAAAAUA